UCUCUCUCUCUCUCUCACGCGUCUUCAGCGCGUCCGCCGUUCUGCUCCGAAGUCGAAGUGCGACAUUUUGGUGGAAGAAAUGAAGAAAUUGUUAUUCGGGAGCAUCCUUUCGGCUGCUCCGAUCCGAAGGGAGGAGCUUCCUUUCUCCUUCGUUUAAGUGCCAUUUAGAUACGAGUUUCUUUCUUGGAGGGCACUUGAAGUUGGUCCGGUCAAAAGGGGAAGAAACCUUGGGCGAUCUGUGAAUCUGCUUGCCAAUUUGGGGCUCUUCUCUUUGGUUACACCAGAACGUUGCUCUCUGGCGUGAUUCGGUCCAUCUCUUGGCGCGUACUUUGUGCGUCCUCUGGAUUCUUAUUGAGGCUUCGAGGCUUUCCUCCUGUUUGUCGACUCGACAGUGGUGAUCUCGGGUGUGAUUUGAUCUGUUUCUUGGUUUCUCAGGUGGAAAAGGAGCCGCCUUCGGACGUUACUAGUGGGAUUCGUGCCUGCUGUUUGACGUGGUUUUUUCUGAUUUCGUGCGAGGGAAAGGAGCGAUCUUUGAUCGACUUCUGGGUUCUUACUGAGGCAUUGAGUCGUGUGUAGUCCGUCGGUGCGGAUCUUGUUUGUAUAUUAUUUAAGGCGGCUACUUUCCGGUUUUAGCUUGCUGGAGUUCAUCCGCUCAAGGAUCAAAGGCCGCAGAAAAUUGAAGGGUUCUUUCCCCUUUUUUUUCUUGUGCUGAUCGUGUCGCCAAAGCUAAGCUUUCUCUUUCUGGCAAUCUCUAGCAACUUCAUUCCGGCUCUUAGGUUCUGGAGAUUGGUUAGGAGCACUGUUUUUUUAUUUCAAAGAAAAGGAGCCGCCUUUUCGGUUAAUUACUGUGAUGUUCUGGGAGGACACUGGAAGAUACAAAUUUAUCGCAUGCGAAGAUUAGUCUCACUUUCUAAGAUCAAUCAGAGAGAUUAUGGCUUUAAUCAGGAUUUUUUUGAUCCCUGCAUAUAUGGUCUUGUUUCUGGUUCUUGUGCCAAAAAGAUCAAUGGGGAGACAGCACCACCAGUUCUUCAGUUUGACUGAUUCUCGUUUUCCCAAUCAGAUGCAGCAAUUACAGGUGCAAAAGAUGUUGCUUGAUUGUGAUCUACAUCUGAAAGAUAUAAUAGAAAUUAAGAAAAAUUUAGACUUAUCCGUGUUGGACAGCAUGGUCAAGGAUUCCAGACAAAUCAAUGUAAAAAAAGGAUCACAUACGGAAGACAAUGGAGACAAAGUUGCUGCUUCCCUGUCUCCACAGCUUGAGCACUUGUUUCUUGAAUGUUUGAGUAAACAGAACCACCCAGCUCAUGAUCCAGGAGAGGUGAAUAAUCUGAGAAAUUGGUACCAUUAUCUUGAGCAGUUACUUGGAUGGUAUCCUCAUUCAAUGAGGUAUCUGGCUGAUCAACCAGCCCAUGCACCUGCACCAGCACCAGUUAUUUCCUCUGCCCACGCUUCAUCUCCAUCUCCAAAUCUUUCGUCUGGCUCUCCAGCAUAUGGUCCGGCACCUUCCUCUAUCCCAGAUCCUCCUCCAAUUCAUGCUCCUCCCGGCAGAUUCUUUCCACCACUAUAUGACUAUAUGAGCCCAGACACAACUCCAACUUCACCACCAAAGAAUAAAGAGGACAGGAACAAAACAAUUAUUGUUGCAGUUGUUUUAAGCACAGUAGGCACAUGUUUUAUUGCAGCAAUUCUCUUUAUUCUAUAUAAUAAAUGCUGUAGAGACAAAGUUUAUUCAGGUAACAGCAUAAGGGAUGAUAGGCCACUUCUAAAUUUGAGUUCGAGUGACUUCUCUGGGUCUUCACAAAACCCUUUUGGCAUGGCAAAUUUAAGUGAGAAGAAACAGUUGGGGGCUUUUUCUCUUAAAGCUCAACCAAUUCAUGCUGGUAAUGCUUCAUCUAUGAAUGUUGGCUCAGCUGAAAUUCCACCAUCCAAAUUACACUCAGGACUUUCCAAUUCAUCAAUAGAGCUUUCUAGUGCACCUACCAUUGGAUCAGCAGAGGAACCUACUUCUCCACCUCCUCCUCCACAGCCUUCACUACCUCCACGACCUCCGCCACCUCCACCACCUUCACUACCUCCACAACCUCCGCCACCUCCACGACCACCUGUAAUGACUCCUGCGGUUCCAAAGGCUGCUCCUUCUGCUCCUGCUCCACCCCCUCCCAGACCCAAAAAAAUACCUGGUGCACCCCCUCCACCUGCACUGAAAGCUACUUUCCCUCCUCGUCCACCACAAUCAAACCCAAGUUCAUCAAGUGUACCUCAGCCUUCUUUCCUUGGGCCAAAACACCCUGUAUCUAGUGAUGAUGCACCAAAAACCAAGCUCAAACCAUUUUUUUGGGAUAAAGUCCUUGCAGACCCUGACCGCUCUAUGGUGUGGAAUCAGAUUAAGUCAGGCUCAUUCCAAUUUGAUGAGGAGAUGAUUGAAAGUUUAUUUGGUUACACUUCUACUAAUAAACCCAAAAAUGAUGGAAAGGAGUCUUCAUCAAAGAGUCCUGCUCAACAUGUUCAUAUUCUUGAUGCCAAGAAGUCCCAGAAUUUGGCAAUUUCAUUGAAGGCAUUGAAUGUGAAAAUAGAAGAAGUUUGUGAUGCUCUUAUGGAAGGAAAUGAGCUUCCAGUGGAGUUACUCCAAACGUUGCUUAAGAUGGCUCCUACAUCUGAUGAAGAGAUGAGGCUUCGGUUGUAUACUGGUGAUAUUUCUGAACUUGGCUCAGCAGAACAGUUCUUGAAGGCAUUAUUGGAUAUUCCUUUUGCUUUUCAACGCCUAGAUGUGCUUCUUUUCAUGGCUUCUCUGCCAGAAGAAGCAACAAGUGCCAAGGAGUCAUUCUCAACACUAGAGGUGGCCUGUGGAGAGCUAAAAAAUAGCCGGCUAUUCCUGAAGCUAUUAGAAGCAGUUCUUAAAACUGGCAAUCGCAUGAAUGAUGGUACCUUCCGUGGGGGGGCACAAGCAUUCAAGCUUGAUACGCUCUUGAAGUUGGCUGAUGUCAAAGGAACAGAUGGGAAGACAACAUUAUUGCAUUUUGUUGUCCAAGAGAUAAUUCGAUCCGAAGGUGUGCGAGCUGUACGUAUGGCCAGAGAACAAAGUGGGAGCAUCUCUAGUGUGAAUUCUGAUGAUCUUACUGAUGAUUCACUCCAUGAAUCCGAAGACUACUACCGUAAGCUUGGUCUCAAAGUUGUUUCAGGUCUUGGAGACGAACUUCUAAACGUCAAGAAAGCAGCAUGUCUGGAUGCCGAUGCGUUGACAACUUUGGUGGCAAAUCUUGGACAGAGGUUGGUGAAAACAAAGGAAUUCUUAAAUACAAGCAUGAAAAGUCACGAGGAAAGUGGGUUUCGUCACUCGCUUAAACAUUUCGUGGAACAAGCUGAAACUCAAAUAACUUUCCUAUUGGAGGAAGAAAAGAGAAUAAGGUCAUUGGUAAAGAAAACCACCAACUUUUUCCAUGGAAAUGCAGGGAAGGAUGAGGGGUUGAGAUUGUUCGUGAUUGUGCGGGACUUCCUUGUGAUGUUAGAUAAGGCCUGCAAAGAAGUGAGAGAGGCACCAAGAAAAGUGACGCAAACACGCAAAAACAGAGAAAUAUCGUCAUCAUCAACAGUACCAGAUCCACAGCAGCUGCUCUUUCCAGCGAUAAGGGAUCGGCGAGUUGACAGUUCCAGCUCAGAUGAUGACAGCUGACUUUAGCUAAAACAGGGCUCAUAUGGUGCUGGAGGCUACAUAUUGAAAACCCAGUUGUCAUCGACUUGCUGUAAUCACUAGAAAGCUGAGUUCUUGGAAGCUUGAAUUAGGGUGCGCCAUGGCAUCAAUGGAAUGAUACAACACACUCAGAUUUGGGUCCUCGCCAUUUGCAUCAGGAAAUUAGAUUAGCCUUGUUUUCUUUGUAGCAGUUGAUACUGCGUAGAAAAGCUUCACAGCAUAGUGAAUUUUGAAUCAUGAGUUCAAUUCUUUCAUUAUA